AUGUCAACUUUUGUCCCUCUCGCCGCAGACACAGACGGCACCGCUACGGCUGUGGCGGUGGGAGAAUGGCUUCUUCACAUUAUCAGUCUGUACGACUCCGAGGAAAAUCAAACCACUAAUGGAUACUACAGACAAUUUAUGGAAUGUUUUUCCCGAGAUGAGGCAGCGGGAGAAACGAGGAUCUGCGACCCGAUGCAGCUUCUGAAUCUUCUCCUCUCGCAGAAUGAGCUGGUGUUUAGGUGGCUUAUUGAUGUCAAAAAUGCUCAGGAGCAACACGGGUCUGGACCUCCCGCAACUGGAUCUGACGGAAAGCCGGAAGCGAAAAAGUCUUACAUGGAAGCUCUUCGUGAAGUAGAGGAUUUCUUCGUCCUCCUCAUUUCCAUUGUUGUAUUGCGGAUAGAAGAUUGCGAGAAGGCCGGACAAGCUGCAGGCUCCUUUUGCUCUGCUUUCCGAGCGAGCAAGGAACUCCCAGAGUUCAGAGUUAAACUGAUGAUGUGUCUGUACAACGCCUUUCCUCCCACCUUCCCAUACCGGUUCCCGAUAUUCGUGUCUCUCUUGGAGUUUGCCGCGGAGACUAACCUCUUCCACAUGCUCCUUCCAUAUGUCAAAUAUAUCAAUGAAUGGGCAAAGGAUUGGAACCUUGGACCGGCAGCCCAUAGACAAGUGUUCCUCAUUCUUGCAAACGAACUCAAAAAGCUCGGAAAGACGGAUGAGGCGUUCGACUACCUGAAGCGUCACGUGCACUUCUUCCAGGGGGAGCCUGAGGAGGUUCUUGCUGAAGGUGCCACGGUUUCGGCAGCAGUGGAAUUGGCAGAGGAUGCGAUCAGGAUGCCGGAUAUUCUGUAUUUUGAUUCUCUGCUGGAGCUGAGUGCAGUUAAGAUGCUGCAGAAAACCCAGCAUGCGCCGCUGUACAGGCUUCUCGAACUCUUUUGCCGGGGAGGUCCCAAGGAGCUCGAGGAAUUGCAUGCACAGCAGCCACAACUAUUGGAGACUUACGGUUUAAAGUAUGAAACCUGCUUGAAGAAGCUCCGCCUUCUGUCUGUGGCUUCGGUUGUUGCGAACAAGAAGAAUAUUGGAUUUAAACAGCUGAGCGAUGCGCUAAGGCUCUCUGAAAAUCAGGCAGAAGAAGUUGUUGUGCAGGCAAUUGGCUUGGGGCUUAUUGACGCAAAAGUUGAUCAGAUUAACAGAGUGGUGCACAUCAGAACGGCGAUUCAACGGGAAUUCGGGAGAGAGCAGUGGGAAGAAGUUGCCGCCAAGUUGGACCACUGGCAUUUGGGAGUGACUGCAUUGCUGCAGUCAAUAGAAACAGCCAAACUUAAUGCUGCAGAAACGAGCCCUAGUCCUGUUUCUGCGUUCCAGUAA